UUUUUUCAAAGUUGUUCUGCUAGCUGCAAAGCAACCCAGUUUCCCAAGAAAAGUGAGGAGAGAGAUUAGGGUUCGGCGCUGAGUGCGAUUUUGAAGAAGAUGUCGAUGGGGCAUGGAUGUGUAUUAUUUGUAUGUGCAGAUGAAUGAACAAGUAUGGCGUGUUACUAAAUUAGGAGACGAGAGUCAACCUCGGCCUGAGUUUGAACUAGUUUGUGAUAAUUCCAAUGGUGAAUUACCGAUUGGAAUGGGAUGUAUCUCUGUGAAUUCCAAAUUGCACAUGGUUGGGGGUCAAAAAGAGCAGAAAAUCACCGAAGAUGAUGAUGAUAGUUCUUCUGAGGUUGAUUAUGUUCCUAAUUUAAAAUCAUUUGUCUUGAAUUUGGAUGCAAUUCGCAUCUGCGAGGAUUUACCUAGUAUGCAUGGUCAAAAGUUCAAUCCUCUUGUAGUCAGUGUUAAUGAUAAAUUUUAUGUUCUGGCAAGACGACCAAUUUACAACUAUGACAAAGCACUUGAGUAGCCUGUUUUCGAGGUUUUUGAUCCAGAGGAAAGAGCUCCCUAGACCGCCCUGGACUGACCCUGCCCAAUUUAAAUUAGGUGGCGAUUAUAUCUAUCAUCACUUUGUUUGGGGUCGUAAGAUAGUGUUUUGCACCCGGGCAGGUUUCUACAUUUUUGACACUGACAUGAAUAAAUGGGAUUUUACUGACGAGAAGUUGUCUCCUUUCCCUAUUAUCUCUUGUGCUUCAGCUGAAUAUUAUGGGUUUUUAAUUGCCAUGCCAUGGGACCAUCAACAGCUCGUUGUUUACCGGUUGGAUUCGGAUUCGGAUGCGGAUGCGAUUGCCAAGCCUUAUCCUUAUCGGGUGCUAGAUGAGCUUUGGCCUGUGUUCAAUCCUCCAUUUGCUGGACGCGAAUUCCAGGGCUUUCUUACCCAUUUGGGUGAUGGUGAUGGUGAUGGUGGCUGUGGAAUGUGUUUAUUGUAUGCCGGUUUUGAUUACUAUAGUAGGUGGUGUGCACGUGUAGCUAACUUUCAGGUUUCCAUCUCAUGUAAUGAUGCUGGUGAUUGGUUCCUCUAUGCAUAUCUUGAGACCCUGCAACAUUAUGAUUUUGAGAAAUUUGAUAAUCCUGCUAGAUGGAUUGAUUCUGCUUUUGUCAUGUAUGUUAGGUGUGAUUAUUUGAACAAGCAUGAUGUUGAGGCUGAUAAAAGUUUAAUGGAUGCAUGUCUUUCUGGAUCAGAUAGGGGUGAUUAUUUGAACAAUCACGAUGUUGAGGCUAAUGCAAGUUUCAUGGAUGCAUAUCUUGCUAGAUCAGAUGAGUAUUAUUAUUUGAACAAGCAUGAAGUUGUGGCUGAUGCAAGUUUCAGGGAUGCAUAUCUUUCUAGAUCAGAUGACAAUUUUGGAUUGGUUGUUCGUUACAUAAGCCUUUCACGGCUAGGUCAGAAUUAUCCAGAUGAAAGUUAUAGCUACAUUGAGUGCUUUUGGCCCGUCAAGUGCUGGCGUGUUAAUUUGAACCAGCUUAAUGUUGAGGUUGAUGGAAGUUUCAUGUGUGCGCAUCUUUCUGGAUUGUAUAGGAAUAUGAUUGCUCUGCAAGUCUUUCCCAACACAACUUCUAGUUGUUUGGGACUUCUAUAACGAUAAGAUCUCACCUGUUGAUGAGUUUUACUCCAUGUACAAUACCGAACCCUAUUACGGAUGACAGAUUGAAACCCUUGUUGCCUUGAGCAAGUGUAGCAGCAGCUUUACCUACCUUUUGUAGUUACAAAUACCUGGAGCCAUAUUUUGUUUUGAUCUUAGAUUGGAUAUGUAACUAGAUGGUUUUUAUUUUUGUAUUUGGUGAUACUUUGGGACUUGGUUUGCAUUCUAUAAAUAUUAAAUUUUCAAUGGUAAAGUCCUAAACUUAGUGUUUUAUAUACUUUAUUACUUCCUUGAUAUCCCAUGAUGUUCCAAAGUUUAGGACAUCACAAUUUGGUAUCAGACAUAUUGUUUGAUUUGGAUUUGACUAUCGCCUUGUUCGCUGUAGGCCAUGAUUGUGUCACGUGUCUGUUCUAGGACCCAUGUAAUUCUAUGCUAAUUUUAACCCCCCACAGUUUUCUUUUCAGAGGAAGCUUCACAUUUAGUGAGUUCUUGAGUUGAGAGUUGCAUUUAGGUCCUUUAACUCUUGCAAUAGGCUUAGCUAGUGUCAUCAUUAUUUUCUGGUCACUAUGCUUAAAAACAUAUGGAUUCUUCCUACCUAAGUGUUGGGCAUCUACAAAAAUUAAAGGACAGCCAAGAAGCACAUGGGCUACAUCCAUGGGUAAGACGUCGUAGAUAAUUUUGCCUGAAUAAUUACUUAUUUAAUGGGCAUUAGAAACACUUGGAAAUGGGAAAAGAUAUCUUAUCAUUCCAUGCAACCUUAUAUGACUGAGGAUGAGGUUCUAGCUGAGUUUGAAUCUAGCGACAGCUGACUUGGACACCACAUGUUAGAAUUUACCAGAAUUUACCACUCACCUACUACCUCCACUAUCUUUCUCCACACCUACCACCUCCACUAUCACACACUCCACUACCAUCCACCUCCACUAUCACACACUCCACUACCAUCUUCUCCUCUAUAUAUAGGAAUUGUAAUAUACAGAAUAUGAACAAUCUUGUAAUAACAUCAAUACAUCAAUCUUGUAAGAUAUCAAUCAAUCAAUAAUACAUAAUUUCUUACACCACAUUAAUGGACCUAACAACCUUAUAAAUUCUAUCCUUCCAUUUCAUAAAAGUGUGACCUAGUGUGUUGCCAAACCUUGGUAUCGGAAAGGCUGGGAGUAGUAUAUCGCAUCUUAUCAAUGCAAGCUUUUGGGUUCUCAAUUGUUUUCUCAAAUUCCUCUAAGGAAUCAUGGUUGACAUUUGUGCAGAUUCAAACUGACUCAAGAAUAGACAAAGAAAGCAAAUAAAUAAAUCAACAAAUUCAAACUAUUCAGAACUAAACUCACCAUACCCACCUGUUUGGAACAUUCAAAUUUGUUCAAAUUUCGUUACUUUACGUCAAUAAAUUUCAAAUUAUGAACUACUAGGGUAUCCAUUGAAGACAUGCACAUAAAAAUAUCACCUAUUAUACUAUUAAAAAAAAAAAACACCAUCCAGUUAGUAUAUAUUAAUGUGUAUUUGGGAGAGGAAAGAUUGGGUACACACCUAACCUUUGGCAUAGUGUACAAAGUGGUUGGCCCGGGACUCGAACUCAUAACUUAUUAGGCUAAGGUUUUACCAUUGAACCAUUAGUAUAAUAUCACCUGUUAUACUAUAAGAACGCAAAAGCCAUAAUGUUUAUAGAAUCACAACACCACCACAAAAAUUUCUAAAAUUUCUGAAAAAUCAUUUAUAACAGUUAUACCCAAUAUAUCAUUUAUCAUGUCAAUUCCAACAUAUAAAUUCCCUAGCACUAGAAUUCCCAAAUUUAGUUCACAUUCAGUGCCUAGAUUUACCCAAACUUCAAUCCUCAAAUCAACCAUCAAAUCAAUGAUUUCACCAUAUGCAAUAACAUCCAUAGGAACUAAUAGGAAGCAUAUAACUCAACAAAGAAAGCUUAAACAUGAUGGAUCUAAACAAAAAAUGCUCUGUAACUUAAAACAUGCAAGCCACUCUACUAGAACUUUCUAGAGAGAUUCUUGCCAAUUAAGAGCUUCUAAUCUAUCCUGAAACAAAAAGCCCCAAACCUUGGUUCUUCAAGAGAUUAGGAAAGUCUAGAGUUUUGAAUAUGAUUAUUGGAUAUUUUUGUGGAGAUGGAAAAUGUGGCUGGCUGGGUUUUUUAAGGCAAGCAAGCAGUGGCCGGAUGUUUUGGUGGUGACAAUGGGUGGAAGUGGUGGUGCAAGAUUGGAGCUAUAGGAGGGUGUUUGGUUGUACGAAAAUGAGAGAAUAUCUAAAGAGAGGAGAGAAAAGGAGGAAAAGUGAGAGAGAUAAUAUAUGCUCUGAAAAGGCAAUGUUAUAUAAACUAUCAAAUUUCUCAUAAAUUAGUAAGAAAAGUUUGUAAGAUUUAUUAGUUUGUUUAGUGUUUUCUACAUCAUAAAUAUCCUUCACCCUUCGGCCAUUAAUAAACAUCUGAGUUGAGGGUUGACAAAGAAUGGAUCAAGAACUGGAGAGAAGAGACCAUUGUUGGGAGGUAGAUUUUUCUCCAUAUUCAACAUAUGUUUUUAUAAUAACCAUGAUGAUGAUCCAAAUUCGAGGUUUCACCUUUCUGAAAGAGGAAACCAAAUUAGGUCAUGAAUAGCGGUCGAGAUUUUGCUGCUGUUGGUAACCAUACAACUGCGUCAGUUCAAAUGGUGACUGACAUUGUUCUUUGUCCUCUUCUCUGCAUCUCUUUCUUAUUUUCUCUCUCCUGCUUUUUCUUAAUUUCUCCAUAAACCGAAACAACUUCUCUUUCUUGAGCCAUUUCUCUCAUCUAGGUCUGACCAACCAACUUGCCUGUAUCAAUAUAUUUUUAUUAAGCCAUGGUGAAUUGCACAGAUGCUUCGCACAAGCCAAAUGAGUUAGACAUAGCUGAUAGAUUGUAAUCUUAAAACACACCACACAUCGAUUAAAACAAAACACAAAGAAAACAAAAAAAAGUGCUUAUAUUUCCAGCGUCUUCUAACAUGAAUGAGAAGAAUAUUCAAAACCCAAGUAGCAUAACUUUGGCUGUUUCCCCUACAUCAGUUCAUGAAGUCAAAAGGGUUAAAUAACUAACUCUGAAUGCCAUGUCUAGGAGUAUGUAAUUCUAUUGGGGGGGUGGAAUUCCAUAUUUUAUUACAUGUUUUUGUAGACAAAUUUUUGGGACUCGAAGCAGGGUAGUAAAUUUUUUGGUGUUGCAUAGCAUUUUGAUUUAAUUUUUUUAAACAUGUAAUUUAGUUUAAUUUGAGUUUGUAUUGUAAUCCCUAUGGAUUUGUGUUAGAUUACAUAGUUGGGAAGUACUUGUUGAUGGUUCUUUAGUACAAAUUUUGUUGUUAUGUUUUUUCAUAGAGACAACUAACUC